UUGCUGUUCUGUUCCUGUCGAGAGGAUGGCUCUGGAGACAGUGCUCAAGGACUUGAGGCAUCUGCGAUCUUGUUUGUUGCAUUCGCUGGUCAAGACUACAGACCAGUUUGAAUAUGAUGGUUGUGACAAUUGUGAUGCAUACCUUCAGAUGAAGGUUAACCGAGAGAUGGUAUAUGACUGCACCAGCUCUUCCUUUGAUGGAAUCAUUGGAAUGAUGAGUCCAGAGGACAGCUGGGUCUCCAAGUGGCAGGGAGUCAGUAACUUUAAGCCUGGUGUAUAUGCAGUGUUAGUCACUGGUCGGCUGACUCAAGGAAUCGUGAGGGAGUUGAAAAGCCGAGAAGUGGCCUACAAAUCCAGAGACACAGCUAUAAAGACCUAGC